GCGGGACCUUUGAAACCGCGCGCGCCCUAAACGCUGCGGCGGCGGUUACAGAGUUGGCGGGAGCUGUUCCUGCACCUUUCGGACUAGGUGUCCAGACAGCUUUGAGCCAGCUCAUUAAUUUCACCUUUUUACCCGAGGGUACGACUGUGGACCUAACGUGAUUGCUACAAUGGAAGGAAUCAAUACUUUUAAGACGCCAAACAAGUUAUCUGAAAAAAGGAAAUCUGUAUUAUGUUCAACUCCAUGUGUAAAUAUCCCUGCCUCUCCAUUUAUGCAGAAGCUUGGCUUUGGGACUGGGGUCAGUGUUUACCUAAUGAAAAGAUCUCCUAGAGGGUUGUCUCAUUCUCCUUGGGCUGUGAAAAAGAUAAAUCCUUUAUGUGAUGAUCAGUAUCGAACUGUGUAUCAGAAGAGACUAACUGAUGAAGCUAAGAUUUUAAAAAACCUUAAUCACCCAAACAUUAUAGGGUAUCGUGCUUUUACUGAAGCCAGUGAUGGUAGUCUGUGCCUUGCUAUGGAGUAUGGAGGUGAAAAGUCUCUGAAUGACCUAAUAGAAGAGAGGAACAAAGACAGUGGAAGUCCUUUUCCUGCAGCUGUAAUUCUCAGAGUUGCUUUGCACAUGGCGAGAGGGCUAAAGUAUCUGCAUCAAGAAAAGAAGCUACUUCAUGGAGACAUAAAGUCUUCAAAUGUUGUAAUUAAAGGUGAUUUUGAAACAAUUAAAAUCUGUGAUGUAGGAGUUUCUCUGCCACUGGAUGAAAAUAUGACUGUGACUGAUCCUGAGGCCUGUUAUAUUGGUACUGAGCCAUGGAAACCCAAGGAAGCGUUGGAGGAAAAUGGCAUUAUUACUGACAAGGCAGAUAUGUUUGCUUUUGGCCUUACUCUGUGGGAAAUGAUGACUUUAUGUAUUCCACACAUCAAUCUUCCAGAUGAUGAUGAUGAAGAUGCAACCUUUGAUGAGAGUGACUUUGAUGAUGAAGCAUACUAUGCAGCUCUGGGGACAAGGCCAUCCAUCAACAUGGAAGAACUGGAUGAAUCCUACCAGAAGGUCAUUGAACUCUUCUGUGUGUGUACUAAUGAGGAUCCUAAAGAUCGGCCAUCUGCUGCACACAUUGUUGAAGCUUUGGAACUAGAUGGUCAAUGUUGUGGUGGUCUAAGCUCAAAGCAUAGCUUGUAUGGGAACUGUUAAUUAGAUGUAUUUAGUUAAUAUAACUUAUAGUACCUAGACACUAGAAGUAGCUUAUUUUAGGACCAUUGUACAGUUAAUAUUUGCUUAAAUUUCUGACAUGUUAUUUCUUAUAUAUGCACUUAUUGUACUGGAUAGUCUAUGAAGUUUAAAAAACUCCAGGUAUCUAGAUGCUGCCUCUGAUUUAAACACUAGAGACCCCUGUCUAAGAUGACUUAGAAUCAAGGGACCAUUGCUUUGUUAAAGAUCUAUUUAGAUAUUCUUGCUUUUUUAAUGAGUUACUAAAAAUUUCACUAUAUAUAUGGUACACAGUUAAUCUGUCUGCUCAUAGUGUCCACCCUUUAUCUGCCUAUGUGCCCUGGAGUUGAGAAGAGCAUGCAUGGUUCAGAAGCAUAGCUCCUGGGGUAUUUCAGACCCUACUGUCUUGCCUCUCUCCACAUCUUAGUGUCUUUGUUUUUACUGACUGUAUCCUAAGUCUUUUAAUGUUAAUAUAAGAAUAAACAAAAUACAGUUUAGUACCAAGCACCU